UCCAGAACCAAAUCUUUCAGAUUCUAGCUCUGAUGAUGAAGAAGCUGGCAGUUGCUGUUAUUAUGGGAUGGGUUCUAGUAUGAUCAUACCAAGCACACAUGACCGAACUCCAUCCCGAAGGGAGGAAAUGACACUUCCUAGAGAAGGAGCUAGAGAUCAAGCUUCUCCCAGAGUGAUUGUUCUGAAUCCUCUAAGAGAAGGAGGCGAUUUGCAACUGGAACUUAGAAACUCAGAGAGAACUAGUGAUUAUAAUGAUAUUCAUCGAGCCUCUACUAGUAGGAGCCCUAAACAAAAUUCAAAUACUAUAAAAAGAAGACAUUCAUCUAGUGACAAUGAUACUGACAGUGAUUCAGAUUCCAUAUUGAACAAAAAAGCUAGAAGGAAAGAAAUGUAUGAUUUAGAUGGCCUUAGCAGUGAAGCACAAGCUAUGAUAGUGAAUCAGUUACUAGAGACUGCUGACGAGGUGAAAAGCCGAAUAGAGAGAAUAAUGGGAGAAAAUGGUAUGCCGCCUCCUGUCAACAGGCAAAUAUCUUCAGACGAUGAAAAUGAGAAUCUUCAGGAAAACAAGAAUGUACCCCCAAAACAGAAAGCCUCCGCAGUUUCAAUGAAUAAUUCUAGAACAUCCCAAAAUGAAUCGAAAGAAAUGACCUCAUUUGAUGAUGAUGAAGAUAGUGACUCGGAGCCAGAAAAAGAUCGAAGGUGUUGGCAUUCCAAAUAUAAAACAAAUUCAACCCAAACAAAAACGGAUUCUGCAAAAAUUACUGACAGUGGUCCUUCAUGUUCAAAAACAAACCAAACAUCUCCUAGUGAACCUCAGUGCUCUAGGAUCCCUGUAAAUUCAGCCAAUAAUUUUGGUCACAGUUCAACAUCAACCACUAGAGCGAAUUUAUCAAAUAUGUAUGAAGUUGUUGAUGAACCCUCUUGUCCUGAAUAUGUUAAUUAUUCUGACGACUCUCAAGAAUCAUCUAGCGAUUUAUCAACCACUGAUAGUGACUCUUCAAUGAUAAAUAGUCCACCAAAUCAGAAACAACUAGUACCUGCAGAACUUUCUGAAUCACCACAAAGAAUCGAUUCCCCUGAUAGAAAUGUCUUUAUAAUUGAACAUCUAGAUCGAGGGCAUCAGAAGAGAAAAAUAUGUUUACGUCGAUUGUCUCUGAGGGGGUAUAGACGUGUUACAGACAUCACCCUGGGUUACCUUGCAAAUUUAGAAAUAGAACUGAUAGAUCUGACUUUCACUAGUGUUACUAAAAAAGGAAUAGAAAAUUUUCUGGUGCACAACCCCAAUUGCAGAGUCGUGCAUCCCCUUUAUUGUACUUGCAAGCCAGAAAAAUCUCUCUCUUGAGAUCUUAUUUAAGUGAAAAUUGUAUUUAUACUCGCCAUUUAUAAAUAAAGAUUUUCAUUAUUCUAGUGUUAAUUAUCAA